AUGGUUAUUUCAAAGAAUAGUGGCACCAAAAAAAGAGCUUGCUUCACAAAAAGAUCACAUUUUGGAUGUGCCAACUGCAAAGCAAAACGAACCAAAUGUGAUGAAAAAAAACCGGUUUGUUCACGAUGCCUAACUAAAGGCCUUGAAUGUCGAUAUGGAGUUAAACUCCACUUUCGAGAAGAUUAUGAAAGUAUUGGUAAAAAAUUCGGACGGGAAGGUGUAUGGAAGAAGAACUCGUCACCCAAACCAACUUCAAAACAACUUGCCUUGCAAUUUCGUGCCGCAUACUAUGUCAAUAUAACAAAUGCCAAUCUUCAAUUCAUCAACUUUCGGCCACAGGAUUUCAUUAGUGGACUGCCUAGGGUUCGAAUAAGACACAAGAUUUUGGACGGGAUCGAAGAUGGUUCUGGAUACAUAGCGGACUGGCAACUUUGGAGCUAUGCCCUAAACUACUACAUUGAAUUCGUGUCUCCAAUACUCAAUCCAGCUUCCACUAUUUCCUCCUCCAAGACUUCGGCGUUUAGCUCGGUGCUCUUACAGGGAGUGGUGUUUGAACAGGGACUCAAUCUAAAGUUUUUGAUCCAGUAUGCCCAUCAAAAACCAGAUAUUCUAGUUCUUGUUUUGGCAUUGGGAUCCAAGUACAUUUCCAGAAUUGCUCAGGAAGACCAGAAACAUGUAUGGACAGAAUUAGCUUCAGCAUUCAAGCUGAUUGGAUGUGCAAAUAUCUGCCCGUCAACUUCAGUUGGAACAGAUACUCUUUUUUCCUUGGUUCUACUCAUGCUAUAUGAGCUAGCUGAUGGGCGCCAAGAACUCUGGCGUGCUAACUUGAAGCACUGUAAGCAAAUUUUGUCAUGCCAGACAUUCAAGAGACCGAAUAAUGAACUCGAACUUUCACUUUUAUCGUUUUCACUUGAGUUGUUGAACUAUCAAGAGAGUAUGGGGCGCACGGCUUGUAAGGACGAUAAUAGUUUCUUCGCUUUAGAAGACAUAAUUGAAGACACAGCCCCAUCGAAAGUGUCGUGGAUGGGCUGUAACAAGAUUCUCGUCGAUACAAUCUCGGAUAUCACCGACUUGUCUUUCGAAAGGAAUCAAAUGAAACCUGGGGACUAUUCCGUCUUGUGCAAUACUAUUGGCCAAAAUCUUCAAGCUGCAGACCUUGGGUUCAAAUUAGAACAUCAUCUAUGUGACUUGGGUCAGGGAAAGUGCUUAUAUGUCCCCAUUGAUCCGACAAUCAAUAUUGAAGAAUUGGGGUUUCUUUUAGCUUGCGACGCUAAACGACUCUCUACAUUACUAUACUUUAAAUGUUGCCUCUUGGAUGCUCAUCCAGAACAAAUAGAGGUGCAAAUUCUUGUUAAGGAGAUCUUCUGUAUAUUGGACUACACAAUUUUGCAGAAUGACUUCAAAUGGGUCUCAACUCUUCUUUGGACAGUGUUCAUUGCUGGCUCGCAAAUUUCACCUAAUAUGCCCGAAAGUGACGACUUUAGAUACCAAACUAUGCAAAUGUUGGACCGUAUAGAGGCGUAUUGUUUGGGGAAAGUUGAAGAUGUUAAGGAAAUCUUGAUGCAUAUAUGGAAAAAGAGAGAUCUUUUCAACGCUGAUGAAACAAGUAUGGGUGACUUGAAGAUUUCUGGAAAAUCCUCAAACAGGCUAAAUGAUUGGGACACAUUUGUUUCUAACAAAUCAUACAACAUCUCAUUGGCAUGA